AUGUUCUGGACGAGCAAGAGGCCUGUGGUCGCGCUGACAGAGGUCUCUUCGUAUGACAAAGACUCACGGAAUACCUCCCCGGCGGAGGAGACGACACCUUCAGGACGAACAGAGUCUCGAAAGUCGAGUUUCCCAUGGACACUAGAGAAGACGGACAGCGAGUGCAGCCUGGUCGGUGAGCAUAAGCAUGGCUGGAAACCCAUGUCAAUGCGAGCACAGACUCUUCUGCCCUUUACCAUCAUCUCUGCACUCAUUGCAAUCGGCACGGAGCUACUCGCAGUACAAAGCAACCGCGAGGGCGGCUUAGCCCUUGUCCACCAGCCGGAAGACAACACUGCUGCAACCAAUUUCGCCUACCUCUUUCUACCUACAAUAGUUGCUGUGUUUUACAGUAUGAUAUGGAGUUGGGUUGACCUGGAUGUCAAACGGAUCCAACCCUGGCUCGAGUUGUCUGCGACAAACGGCGCUACCGGAAAAGAUUCACUCUUCUCGGAAUAUCCUUACAACUUCAUUGGCUUCGUUCCAUUCAGCGCUGCUAAACGCCGCUUCCAGUGGGCCAUAACCUCGUCGUUUCUGCCUGCAAGUAACCAAUCCGUUUUGCUCGACCAGUCCAUCAUGAACGUCGGGUUUGCGACAACAUGGCUUGGCCAGCCACUUCUGCCUUUUACAACACCCGAUUAUACUCUGUUGCCCUUCAAAGCAUCCCAGUCUCCCGACACUGGUGGGCCGGCGGCGAACUGGACAGGCACGACCACGAAACUGACCACCGAACUUGAGUGUUGGCCCGCGGCUAUCAGCGAUAGCCCAAUCUAUGGCGCCUAUCACUUCAAUAACGGGCGAGGCUGUAAUGCCAGUACGAUAGUCCCAUACAACUCACACGCAGGCAAAUAUCCUUUUAGGUUGCUUUACAUUGGGUAUCACAACGAUGCUCAUGCAGAUUAUUUCCUAGCUGGCCCAACUUGUUCCCGCAAUACGUCAAACCAGUUUUUGGCUAUUUGGAGUGCUUUUGUCGAGGUGGGCAAGACCAACGUAACGGCGGUGUUUUGCGAGGCGACGUACUACAAGCAAAAGGUAUCUGCCACCGUCUCAGGACCUAGAUCUAUUCCGAUUGAGGACAGCAUCAUUCCUCUUGGCCCUCGCGAAACACUUUUGGACACAGAGUUCAACCAUACGGGCCUCCAUUAUCUCCUCGGCAGCGGAGUGUCAGCUGUCGCGACGGAUCGGGAUUGGUAUGCUCACCAUUUCCUGGAGCAGUACACCCGCCUUUAUGACACCGGCUUUUCUUUGCCUGCGUCUCCCAUGGUUGGCUUUGCAGUUGGAUCGGACCCUAGCAAACCGGCCAAAGAUUAUGGCAACCAUACCGCGCUAGGGCAAGCAUUCGUGGCGCCACAAAAGAUGCUCUUUCAUCUGGCUGUCAACAAGGUCCUGGCAGAUGCGGAUGAUGUAGCUCCCACGAAUGGCGCGGCGACAUAUUUUAUGCAUGGGUUCAUCGUCAGUAGACCGAUAUCCAUUGUCGUCGAGACUCUGCUCCUGCUUGUUGGUGCCAUGUCGCUGGCACUCCUCUGGUGUAUUCAAGCCAAGGAGAGUAAGCUACUGGGAGAACCAGGAUCUGUCAGCGCACUGAUUCAGGUUAUCCGGAAGAGCCCAGAGCUGCUUAAUGAGUUCUCUGGGCAGGGAUCUACGCCUGAAGAGAAGCUUCGUAAUGAGUUCGAGGACGAAAGGUUCAGAUUAUGCUGCGGGUGUGAUUCUGCAUCUGGUGCCACAGAACUCAAGGUCUUGGGGUCAGGAGAUCGGCCUGACAGGAUCCUGUCGCUCUUCCGGCCUUCUGCAGGUCAUUACGAACCUGUUGAGCCGCUAGCUCUUCGAACAUGCAGUGGCAUUGCUUUUAUCAUGGCUUUACUGGCAAUGCUAGCUGGGCUUACAUACUUGAAAGUAAAGGAAGAAGCUCUUGGUGUGCUUGCGACUCUGAUAGAGCCAUUCUGGGUGCUGGUAAACCGCCUUCUUUGCGUCCUCCAACCGUUCAAGGACCUUUUCGAAGGUCGAAGCACAAGUAGAGGAUCGGUCGACGCAACCUACACCUCGAUUCCGCCGCAACUCGUGGUCUGGCGCGCACUGCGGGCACGACACUAUAUGCUGGCCAUAGUUUGUAUCAUGGCGCUUCUUUGCGAUGUUCUGGCCGUUGGCCUUGGUGGUCUGUUUAACGAAGGUCCCACGCGUUCUGAAUACUCGAUUCAAUUCAAACACGAUGCGGCACCACGACUAAGUAAUGGCUCCCUCACUACUUUCGCCAACAUGCUCAGGAUGCCCUAUCCGUAUGAGGAGCACUUCUACGUCACUUCAGCCAACAUCACUUUGAACACAACACUCCCGCCUUGGACCUCGACAGAGUACUUCUUCCAGCCAUUCUCCGCAUACCAGGCUGGCGGUAAAAACACAACCGAAAUUCUUCGGGGGCGGACACGUGGAUAUGGUAUUGAUCCCCAAUGCGAGACGGCUACAUCGAACACGCAACCACCCUCAGUGGAUUUAACCGACUUCAAGGACAAGCACUCUAUAGCGAAGUCUCUCGGAUGCACCGAUGUCUAUCAACCAGAAUACCUUCGCUUGAACGAAUCUACAGCACCACCGCAGGGCCCGUCUUCCGUCGAAUCCCCAGACACAUUUCUAUCUGGCAGGCUGGCCGAACCAUGCGCAAAGACGUUCAUCAUGGGCUGGGGUCGAACAUCGAACGGCAGCGACGCCAAUGGCACCGUGGAGUCUGGCUUCGUGCUCUGUUAUCCUCGCUUCCGCACUGCCUUGUUUGACGUCACGAUCAACACCGAAGGUCACGUCCUCGAAUACGAAAAGGCCAGCGAGAUGGAGUACGGCCUCGGUUACCCUGGCUUCACUAACCAGACAGACAACCUUAUCAUUGUUUCGAACAACAUCAUCGCUAAAGCCGAGGGGCGCUGGCAUAACCACACCUUCACCCGCGACUGGAUGAGCGAACUCAUCAGGCUGGAAACGAACAGUUCCGAUUUUGUCGACCCCCUCCAGCCCCUGCCGAGCCCGGAAACCAUGCUCAAUCACGUGGGCCCGAUGUACACACGUCUCUUCGCCCUGUUCCUCGGCCUCAACUCCUUCAUCUUUGAUAAUGAUACCUCUGCCGAGCCGGCCUUUGAAGGCCAGCGAUGGGCCCGUGAGACGCGCAUCUUUAUGUCCGAACCUGCCUUCAUCGUCAGUACGACCAUCCUCAGCCUCAGCCUCGUCGUCGCCGCCGUGCUCUACGGCUGGUCCAUCGUCUUCUUCUUGCCACGGAUGCCGACAAACAUCGCCUCCGUGCUGGCCUACGUGGCGGCCAGCACGGCCGUAAGGGAGUGCAGCCCCAAGCAGUACGAGUCUCCCACGUUUAGUUUCGGGAGGUACAUCGGCGUUGACGGGAGGGCGCACGUGGGCAUCGAUGCGGACCCAUCGGUGGUGCCGAUACAGCUUGAAUCGUUGAGGAAAGGCAACACCAAUCCUAGGCGAAGCUGGUUGGGGAGACUGAGAAAACGCCACAUAGGAGAACACGGGGCUGGCGAUACGUGGCUGUGA